CAAACAUCAAUUCCUGCUACACAUUGUUUCUGAGAAAUGUCACAACAGAAUGCGCUUCUGUGUGUGUUUUCUAUCGUUUUAAGCCUUUGCUUUGUUGGGAAUGCUAGUAUUGUGUAAUUACCGGCGCUAAACCUCGGCUUUUACCAUUUACACCCGUUUUUGUCGAAAUUUCCAUGGCUGAAUUGAGGGGACUGAGUUGCUCUGUGUGUUACAACGACUUCAAGUCAGAUGAAGUGCAGUUCGUUCCCAGAAAUCUAAUCUGCGGACACACAUACUGUACAGGUAUAUUACUAUUUUAUAACCUCUUUUAGAAAAAAAGAUUUCGUAAAGAUAGUUCCAUGUUGUACCGGAGAAAUUUUUAUGAGCAUACUGUAGCUAUAGCGAUCUGAAACCGAUGUUUACUUAUGGAAUGAUUGAUUUCAUUUGAUACCGUUCAAAUUAUGCAGGCUUGUCUGGAAUUUGUAAAACAUUCUCCCCUCAACAAAUCAUUAAAAAUCCACGUUUUAUCUAUAACCACUCGAAUCAAAGUUUGUUUAUCAUUCUAGACGAGUUUGCUUUCGCUUGCGCCUGCUUAAGCGGACUUUUCUCGACGUAAUUUUUCGUUUCGAGAAAUUUAAUCGAAACCCCUUCCCUUCCCUCCCCCUGAGUUGAGGAUGCACAAUAGGCCUCAGUAGAAAAAGAAAAGGGGGUUGUGUGAUUCUUUGAGUUCCUUUGUUUAUUUUACAAAGUGUUGAUUCCUAUUGGAAUAUUUUAUUACAGUUGAACCUCGAUUAUCCGGACUCGUUGGGACUAGUGGAAAUAGUCCAGAUAAUCAAGAAUAUGAAUAUUAAUAAGGAACAAAAACUGAUUAAUUUGAGAAAGCGACGUUUAAUCGUGAAACAAAACAUUUACAAAUUGUUUUGAAGAAAAUAUAGUCUACAUCUUCACUGUCCAUUGUGAAUACCUUUACAUGUGUGUAUUAACAAUUAAAACUAAUGAAAAAUGUCUUUGCAUCUGCAUAAAAUGUUGAAGUAAGUCCGUAUGACUUAAAGAAGAACAUCACAUGUGCAAAGCAACUCUAAGCCAACCAGACCUCAUUCAUAUGUUCUUCAUUAGUUAUGAGGGAAAUCUCUCUAACUUCCAGCAGUAAUUGACAUGUAAACUCUCCAUAUAAAAUCCAAGCAUUAUUUUGUAAUGAGAAUACUUAAACUUAUCAGGUAGAAGUUGUUAUCUUGAUCUAACACUAAAUUCUCAUUACAGGGAAACUUUCAAUGACUAGAGGGGAGAAUUAAAAAUCAGAUCUUGGACGUUAAAGGGUUAAUACAUUUUAGUACUUAUACUUAGAAAUACUCACGCAAUAGAUGCAAGAGAUACACUUAAUGUCAAAUUUGACAUUGAGUGUUCAAGCUAAGAGUUGCUAAAUGUCUCUCCUCUUGCCUUUAAAGGAUGUUUGAACAAGUUAGCUUUUCAAGCCCGAAAUCCUGGUACAAUCUGUUGUCCAACAUGUAAAAUCGAGACCACUUUGUUUCCAAGGACUUUUGAGUCUGUGAGAAAUCUACCUAAAAACUUUGGAGUGCUUGAGAUUCUUGAAGGGAAAGAAGAAGCUCAAACUGAUGGAAUAUCAAAGGAGAAGGAGAAUAAUAAAUAUCUCUGUCCAGAACAUGAUGAAGCUCUGAAGGUUUACUGUCAUACUGAUAAUUGUCUUAUCUGCAUUUACUGCCAGGUACGAAUAAUUAACAAUAAGAGUUAGUGGAUGAGGAAGUAAUAAGAAGGAUUUAUGCAACAUCGGUUUGUGUCAUCUGCUUGAGCCAAAGGCUAAGGUGGAUAAUUCAAACCAUGGCCUUGAUAAUUCUUGUCAUUAUCUUGCUGGCAGCACCUGUGGGUAAUAUGAAGUAAUUUAUGUGUUCUGAUUGGCCACCUGAGCAGGAUUGUCCACUCUAAUCAUGUGCAAGAACAAAAACUGCUUGGAGUAGACUCAAUACAAAACUUCUAAUAUUUUGGACAAUGUUGGGAAUGGAUAUGCCAAAUGUUGUAGAAAAAAUGCUAAAAAGAAUUUGGCCAAUUUUCAGCCAUACUGACCUCAUGCUUGGUCAAUAACGCAUUUUUAUAACUUGCAAGCCAAAUCAUAUACUUGUCUUUUUAUGGAUGCUGAUGAAUUGUUGUCUGUAGGUAUAGUGGUAUUUCUACAUGAGGAUCUGUAUGGUAUGAUGUAACAAAUGCAAAUCACUAUCAGUUUAGCUGCAUGUUUUGUCAUAUACAUAUGCAUAUUUUUGGGAGUAAUUUAUUUACAAAUCAAGGCUCUGAGGGACUCUCAGUGUUUGCAUGGCCUUUUCUAAACACUAGGGAGUUUGAGAGAGUUUUGAACAUGUUCUAAACCUGAGAUGUAGUUUAGAGUAUGUCUGAUUGUCUAGGAUAGUCAUAACAAAUGAUUUAGUUUUUGAUCAAGGAGAAGGGAGGAAAGGGGUUUAUUAGAGAGGUUUAAUGUGGUUGUAAUAGAUUGGGAAGGGGAGGGUGUAACAAAGGUGAGGGGUGCUAAUCAGAUUGUUUAUGCCAGUGCUUGUUACACUUAGGUGUAUGGCAAGCACAUGGGACACAAAUGUGAACUUGCCACCAGCAUUGCUACAACAACUCGUGAAGAGCUUCGCAGCUUGUCCAAGAAAUUGGGUGAUCAUUAUGACACAGUGAAGAAAGCUAGAAGAAACGUGAUUGAUGCAAGGGAGUCCAUACUGAACACUCAACUGUAUUUGCGAGACAGGAUUAUGAAACAUAUGGGAGUGCUGCGAGCUUGCAUGAGUCGACGGGAAACUGUGCUGAAGUGUGACGUUGAUGACAGGACGAAACAGAAGAUGAAACCUUUGGAUGAACAAGAGAGGUAAUUAUUGGGAAAUUAGUUUUGAUAUUCUUUAACCCUUUGAGUCCCUGAAGUCUCUGUAACUUCUCCCUUUAAUAUCCAAGCCAUACAUUAUCCAGCCAACAGGUGAGGAGAAUUCACAUCAGGUAGAAAUUGUUAUCUUGAUCUAACCCUAAAUUCUCAUCCCUAAUUUACAAGGAAAUGUGUAGCAACUAGAAGGGAGAAUUUAAAAUUGGAUCUUGGGAGUUUAAGGGUUAAUUUUGUGUAUGCAGCAUAAUAUCUUCUCUUCCACUGAGGAUUUUGAGUUUCAGCCACUAAGGGGGAGGAUAUUGUUUGUAUAACAGGGUAAUAUAGUAUUAUCAACUGAGUUGAUGACAUAAAUUGGCCACCAUAAAGAAUUUGAAAAGUGACAUUUCAAGCAUUAGCCCUUCAUCAUAGUGAACAGAGGAAAUGUGGGUUGCAUGUGUGUUGUUUGUUUGUAGAAGAUUGUUUCCUAAUAGAGUGUUGGCAUUUGAUUUAAGAAAUUUUGAUUUUCUCUAUUUUUGUUGCUUUAAUUGUGUAGAGAAAUUGCAUUUUCUGCUGGGAAAAAUCUUACAAUUUAUUCGUCAGAUUGACCUCUGAAUCAACCAUGGUGAUGUAGAAGCUUGUAUAAUACAUAAACUAUUGUUAUGUUAUUUUCUCAUUCAGCAUGAUGACCGAAAUUGUGAAUAAGUGUGAAACAGCAUAUUCUCUGAUCCAGAAAUGUCAGAAUAAUGACAGUGCUUUAGUGGAUGAGAAGCGCCGUAUCUAUGGACUUGUUGAUGAAGUUUGUGAUCUGAUGGAAAAGGUUGUAUUGGAGCCCAAGGAAACAAGCAAUCUAACUUAUUACUUUGAGUAUGAUAUCACUUGCAUUCUGGAGACACAGAUUGGGGAAAUCAGAGUCCUAAAGCCAGGCCAGAAAGGUUUGUUAUGGGUCAUCAGGAAUUCUAUAAUUUGGGAACUAUUGAUAUAGAUCUGGAAAGUAUAGAAUGAAUGGUGGCAUAUGUCAUUGUAGAAGAGUUGUGAAACUCUCCAUUAUGACAAGAGCUGUCUGCGGUUUGAAUUAUGAACAAAAAAUAAUUCAGUUGGAGCAGAAGUCACUGGCCUCUCUUUUUGCAUUUAAAUGCAACCUACUUUAAAAAGACAAGAUGACUAAUAGGUAAUGGCAUCUCAUUUGGAAAGCAGGUCCUCUUUUAUCACUGCAACAUGAGCACUAAUAUGCUGGAGCUUUUAACCAGCAAGCAAGAGCUCUCACAUGAAAAUGAAAGUCAUCAUUUUUCUUGCCAGCCCUCUCACAUGCUCAAUAUAUUCACUACCUUGAUCUGUUCUCUAAGCCUGCUUGCAGGGAACUGGUCACUUUUUGCAUUUUUAUGGACCUCAACUUCAUCCCAGUCAACAAUAACAUACAAAAAAAACCUUCCAGUAUUCAGCCAUUUUGACCUCAUGAUGCUUGUCAACAACAUAUUCAUAACUUGUUUUUCACAGAGGAGCCUCUGGCUGGGCUGAACAAACAUGAACUGUCAGGGAAAAAAGAAAUGUAUGAUGCUGAGACACAGACAGAAGAUCUUCAGGAAAAUGGUGAAAACCCCCUGUUUCAAAGCCUAUUGCAAGGAUUGGAGGAAAUUGUUCACACACGUUUGACGCAACCAAGAUGGGAUGAAAGUCCAGCUCCUGGGUUACCUGUGUUCGAACCUGAAAGUCCUGACCACAGUAGCUCAGAGUCAGGUCUAAAUGAGUUGGGUUAGUGUAAACUAGCACAUGAUGGUACAGACAUGUCUGGUUGCCAUAGAGAUAAUUUUGAAAAUAUUCCCUCGGGAUAGGUCUUGAUCUGGGGCAUUGGAACUGUUGCUAAAAUUGUUGAUAUAAUCAUUUUAAAAAAUCUUGGAAGCCUUCUUAAAAAUAUACAGGAAGUUUUCUAAUGCUAAUUUUUUUAGAAGUCUUAAAAUCUCAAUAUUUUUGCCACAAGGCCAUGGAUUGAAAGCAGAGGACCUGACAUGUUAGGUUGUCUUUGACCAGCAAAGCUAAUAAAGCUUUCAAAUUUUUUAAACCUGAAAAUUCUAUGUGAAAGGACUUUUUACAAAGUCUUUUGACAACUGUACAAUUUGUGCUUUCCUUCAAAGACAUAAUCUUUGCUAUUUCAUUUAACCCUCUAGGUGGGAGCUCAGACCACUCAGAUGCAGAAGAAAUAGAGAGUGAUACUGAGCUUGAGGGAGCAGUGGGUGGGGAGACUUUGCCUAGCAGCCACAGUGAAGAAUUGAGAGAUUCAAAAAAUUCAGAAGAGAAACAAACAAGCUUGCUUGAUGAAUUACAGGAUGAAAUUGAUAGACUUCGACUUCUCAGUCCCAAUGGUUAGUUUCACUUGAAAUAUGUCGUACUGAUGUGUGUCUUAUUGUUGUUGUUGGCUCAGUUGUUCACUUUCCUGUUUUUCCUUUGUCAGAUGAUACUAUGGUAAGUUGGCAAAGAAGGAAAAAUGAAUAUUGAAGCAGAAAAAUAUACAUUGCAUGAGCUGAUUCACAAUAUUUUGUUCUAGUCUUAGAGACUUGCAAUCUUAUAGCAAAUUUUAGCCUACUGUAACAUUAUGGGUCCUGUAAUCAAAAUGUACCACCUGAUUCCAAAGAGCCAAUCAAGUUUGUUAAGCUUGGGUCAGCAUCUUGUACAGAGUUUUUGUACUUGUUUUUUGUACCUCCAGUUCAUCAUAAUAAAAUCAUUUUGCUUUGGGUGAGUUCUUUCAGUUUGAGAUUGUCGACACUCAUUGAUAUAGAAAACCACAAAUUGAAUAGGUGAUAAUAAGCCAAGAGCAAGUAAGUCUAAGUUAAAGUACAGAUUUCAAAUUACAAACCUGAAAAAAUUCAGGAUUUAUCUUUUAGGGCAUAGAAAAUCAUAAAGGUGCUCUGAGACACAAACCCUGUUUGUAUAGAGAAUGUGGCUUCAGACAAAAUGCACUCAGUAAUCCUUUCAAUCCUACAAACACAUUUUGAAAAGGGGGUGAUCAACAGGUCUGUUACUUCCAUGUCUUUGCAUACAGGUGAUGUAGUUUCCCUGAGAAGUGGAGGUACUGGAGUAAAUACUGAUACAACAAAUUCAGAAGGUAUUUCUUUAUUUUACCACAUGUGUUCCUAAUGAGUAAGUAGAUGGUUACCUCAACCAGUCACAUAUGUGAGUCGUAUUUUUGCAACGCCUCUAUUUACUUUUGGAUGGGUUGCUGUUAAUGGAGGAGAUCCAGGACAAAUGGAGAGAGUCCACAUUCAUAGUUUCUCAACCCUCCUCUUGUGAAGAGCAUUUUUUGCUUCCCCCCCUCUUUUAUUCAUAUCAAAUUUAUGUUUGGAUGAAUCUAAGAGCCCCGCCCUUGCUCCUCUUAUUCAUGGAUGGUGUCUGAGCCCUACUGGCUUUUUGGUUUUCAGGUGUUGAUACUGACAACAGGAGACAAUCAACUUCAAGUGAUGAAUGGAGUUUAACACCCCCAGCAAAUCAGGGGGGACCUCUCAGCUUAGACAGCACCUUACUUCUCCCUGGGCAAAGACUGAUGUCCACCGAUGGGUUUAGAAGUCUGGACAGUCAGCAGUGUGUUACUAGGGACAGAACUCAUUGUUUUGCUGCAGACUGUCAGAACCCUACAGCACGUGCAUCAAAAAGGUGCCUACACUGUCGGCAUUUUUACUGUGCAACUUGUGCAUCCUUGUCACUCAUGUGCCCAGAGAGUCCAAGUGGACAUCGAUUUGUGUCAAGCAUGCUUACAACCAGGGGUAGAGAACAACCAAGGACUAGUAGCAGGGUAAGGAAAAGGAAGCCAAAGAAAGAGGAAGGACCCCCCUGGGAAUGCAAGCAGUGUACCAUGAUAAACGGACCACAAGUGCUGGUAUGCCUGGGGUGUGACACCUUGCGAGAGGUAGAUGCUCAAGAAGGGCGCAAUGUGUGUCCCAUGUGUACCUUGGUUAAUGAGCCUGGUAAGACAAAGUGUGAACUGUGUGACACAGAGCUGGUCAGUCAAGCACAAGCUGAUGAGGCAGACACUGAGGAGUCCUAACUAAAUGCAUGUCACUUCCACUCUUGAAGUGAUUUGCUCUUAGGAAGUAAAUCAUAGUAUUUUACACAGGAAAAAUAAGUGGUCUCAGUCAGUAUCUAAGCUACUACACACCAACCCCUCCCCUAACACAAUAUUAACCAGAACUUGUAAUCAGUGGACUGUUGUUGGGUUAGGGGAGGGGUAGGUGGGUUAGUUGCUCAGAUACCAACAUUGAUCCAAAUAAUUAUCACAAAGUGGUGAUUUUUCAGGGAUAAUCUUGGGAUUUAUUUUGCUCAGAUACUGCAUGAAGCAAGAUGGUAACUGGACAAACAAUUUGCCGUAUGUUUCAAGAAACACAAACAUGUUCUGUGGUUCCUCUAACACUCAUUUUGACUGCCAAAGUUUUUUUUUUUUAAAGUGUGUUAUAUUUUUAUACCCCUUGGAAACAUUUGAAGUCAUCUCUACUUUCUUUGAGCGAUGUAAACACAUGAAGCAAGACAAGAUUGCCAAUGUUCAAAUGUGUCUUAAAUUUUUUUCCUAUUUCAUUCAGUGUAUUUCAAUGGUAGAGCUCAUUUGGAGUAAAUCCUUUGUAAAACUCUGCUGCAUGAGGUGCAGUGUGGUUUGACUAAUGUGUUACCUGGUGGAAUAAUUUCUUGUCAAAAAUAUGGACAAAAAUGUUUAUAGUAGUCUUCAAGAAGGUGUGGACAGAAUACACAAACUAAUCUACUUGUGUAGUUAAAGUGAUAAAAUUUUUGGCCCUAAAAGGUAGAUUUUUCUUUGUAAUCAGUAAUACCAUCAGGAAAAUUUUUGUGGAGUUCUUUGUAAAUAAAUUUCAGUGUAACAAUAUAGUCUGUUGGAGAACAAUGUACAAUAAAGGAAAACAGAAG